AUCCCUUUUGUGCAUGAUCGUUCUUGUUCUUGUUCUCGGUUGACAGAAAAUCUUCUGUGGACCUCUUCAUCCCACUCUCUCGCCCGACGUACCUUCCGCCAAUGUCAUAUACAAGUAUCGCUUCCCAAAACCUACCGCCACUCCACUCUCGACUCUAUGCUGACUCGAGGACGAGUAUCGGCAGAGGCACGCACUCUUGGACGGUGCCUACGAGCCGGAGUUUCUGUCCCAGGGGUGCGCAUGGUAGAUGAGUCGGCUGGAUUGAUUGCACUUGAGGAAAUACAUGGGAAGACUGUCCGGGAGGUACUGGGAGGGAAUGGUGAGGGUGAUCUCGAUGAAGAUGAGAGCGAAAACCAGUCGCUGGGGAACAUAGAUGUACAGAACCAAUUUGGAGUCACAAUAGAGGAAGUGAUGUUCCUCAUAGGCCAACAACUUGCUAAGAUGCAUACAGCCAGCAUAAUCCAUGGCGAUCUUACCACUUCAAACAUGAUUCUACGACGUCGCGAGUUUUCUUCGACAUCGUCCACAUCCAUCAAUUUGUGGAAAGAAUUCCCCGCCGAAAUCGUCAGUGGGCCCUAUCCCUGUUACUGCACUCCUUCCUUCACUUAGAACCCACUCGUGGGGCAUAUUACCGUUAGGUUCUUAUCGAUUUCGGUCUCACUUCGACAUCCGCAAUUCCCGAAGAUAAGGCGGUGGACCUCUAUGUUCUCGAACGCGCCUUCUCUUCAACGCACCCUUCUCCGGACGAAGGAUCCGAUCCAACCAAUCCCAAUGCUCAUCCGCUCUUUGAGAUGAUAUUGGAAUCAUACGGAAAAGCAAGCGGCACCGCUUGGGAUGGAAUUCGUCGGAGAUUAGAUGAAGUCCGGUUACGGGGCGAAAGAGAAGUAUGGUCGGAUAAGCCUAGAACAAUUCUAUGCCACGGGUCCAAAUUCCACGUAGUAAUGGCACUUGUACCAUACCCCUGGAACUGCAGGAACCUCUUCCUUCGAC